AUGUUACGCCGACGAGAUCGCCGACUUCUGCAGGAUUCAAAAGUCAUCCCUACAGACCAUGUCGCUGCCCAACGCCAUCUGCUCGUUAUGGACUUGAAAAUCUCCCGUCCAAGGAAGAGACAUCCAAGGACUGAAACACAACGCAUCAAAUGGUGGAAUCUGAAGGAUCGAAUGGAGCGUUAUACUCUUGACCGCGGAGAACACUCUGGGAAAGACGACUCUAGGCGGCAAUUGGUGAAGAAGUCCAAGUAUAAGCUCUGGUGGAGGACACGUCAGCCUGAAGAUCGGGAUGCUUACCUAGCGGCGAAGAGGGAGGCUAAGAAGGCAGUCUCCAAGGCGAAGUCGGACCGCUACAAGGCUGUGUACGACAUGCUUGAUACCAGAGAAGGCGAGCGGGCGGUGGAUCAUUUAGUCAGAGCGCGUCAUCGCUCAACGUUGGAUAUGGAGCACACCAAGAUCGUUAAGGGAGCUGAUGGAGCCGUUCUGCGCCGCUCUGGUCAGAUCCUGGAGAGGUGGCGAGAGUACUACAAUCACUUGUGUAACGAAGAGUUCUGUCAUCCUCCCAUCCCAACCGUUCCCAGCGUCGAGGGUCCUGUUCUACCAAUUACUGCCGUCGAAGUCAGUGCUGCCCUCGCAAAAAUGAAGUCGAACAAGGCAACCGGUCCUGAUGACAUACCUGCUGAUAUCUGGAAGCUGCUAGGAGAUCGAGGGUCCAUGUGGCUCGCAACUCUAUUUAACAAGAUCGUUGCAGAAGGACGGACUUCAGACGUUUGGCAAACUUCCGUGACCGUGCCUCUUUGGAAAAGGAAAGGAGACAUUGCUGACUGCACCUCGUACAGGCCUAUGCGACUGCUGUGCCAUACGAUGAAGGUUUUUGAGCGUGUCCUGGAGGCUCGUCUGAGGAAAAUUGUUAGCGUUUCACUCAACCAGUGCGGCUUUGUGAAGGACUGCAGCACUAUAGAUGCUAUCCAUGCUGUCCGAAUCCUCCUGGAGAAACAUCGAGAGAAGAACCGCAGUGUGCAUCUUGCUUUUCUCGAUCUCGAGAAAGCUUUCGACCGUGUCCCACAUGAGCUGUUAUGGAUGUCCAUGAGGUCGCAUAGAGUACCAGAUGAAUAUGUGCUGUGGACGAAGCUACUUUAUGCGAAGCCUACCAGCGUUGUACGAUGUGCUGCUGGAACAAGCAGGCCAUUCCCUGUACAAGUAGGGAAGCAGCAUCCGUGGACUCUACUCUUUGCCGACGAUGUCAUGCUCGCGUCGGAGUCUCGAGAUGAUCUUCAGAAACAAGUGCAGUCUUGGAAGGAUCAGCUGCAGCAAUAUGGGUUGCGCCUCAACACAUCAAAAACUGAGUACAUGGAGUGCGGACCAAGGAUAGAGGAUGGAGACAUUGAUCAAGAAGGUCGAGAAUGUGUUAAUGCGGCAUGGAUGAAGUGGAAAAUGGCAACAGGCGUACUGUGCGACAAGAAAGUCCCUGUUCGACUGAAGUCGAAGAUCUACAGGACGGUUGUGCGAUUGGUUGCCCUUUACGGAUGCGAGUGCUGGUCGACGACGAAAGCCUUGGAAAGAGUGCUGCACGCUAUGGAGAUGCGGAUGUUGAGGUGGACGGUAGGUGUAACGCUAAAAGAGAAAGUAUCCAACGACACUGUACGUUCCAUCUUCGGCGUCGUCCCGAUAACUAAGAAGAUGAAGGAGGCGCGACUGAGAUGGUUUGGUCACGUCUUGCGGCGGGAGGAAGAUUCUGUUGCCAAAACCGCUCUGAAGCUCGACGUUUCAGCUCGACGUUGA